AAAAUCGAUCAGUCGCUCCUCCACUGACACCCAGACCACAUAGUCGCCAUGUUCGCCCAGAUGAUGGACUUUCUGAACCGGACACCGCCGGAUCCUGUGCGUCUGCCAUUCACCAGCAGCCACUGGCCGGUCUUGGCCAUACUGACCGCCUAUAUGGUCCUUAUAAAGGUGGUGGGUCCGAGGUUCAUGAAGAACCGAAAGGCCUACGAUCUGCGUGGUGCCAUCAAGGCCUACAACAUCGUGCAAAUCGUGUACAAUAUCAUCAUGUUUGUCAGUAUCGCCCACUUUAUGCUCGGUCCUGGCAACUACAACUUUAAGUGCAUCUCCAACCUGCCGCUGGACCAUGAGUACAAGACCUGGGAGCGAUGGGUCAGCUAUACGUACUUCUUCAACAAACUCAUGGAUCUGCUGGAGACGUUCUUCUUCGUCCUGCGAAAGAAGGAUCGGCAGAUCACCUUCUUGCACGUCUUCCACCACGUGUACAUGGUGUACAUUUGCUUCAUGUACAUGUACUAUUAUGGCUACGGCGGACACGGCCUAUUCCUGAUCAACUUCAACGUGGUCGUGCACAUUAUGAUGUACGCCUACUACUACCAAUCCUCUCUCGGCCAGGAUAGGCAGGCGAAUCUGUGGUGGAAGAAGUACAUCACCGUCGUCCAGCUGGUCCAGUUCGUGAUCGUUCUGUCGCACUGCAUCUACAUCCUCCAGCAGCCCGACUGCACCACAUCCCGCCUUUCAGCCACGUGGGGCUCCUAUGUAUCUGUGGUAUUCAUAGUUCUAUUUACCAACUUCUACGUUCGCGCCUACAUUCUUCCCAAGAAAAAGAAUGUGCAAGCGGCGCGGUAAACGAUAUGAACUUAGACGAUCAUUUAAGAUUACAAUGUAAUAUAGUUUUUUUUUUUUUUUUUAAGAGGCAUACAGCAAGGACGCCUCUAAAGCCAAAUGAGGGGGGAGGAGGGAUUUAUUAAGUAAUGAAAAUCAUGCAAUUAUAAACACAAGUUUAUAAUUUACUUUUCACGAUAGUUUUUGGGGGUAACUUUCGUUGAAUCCCUUCUUUAAGAAACCGCGCCUGGCUUACAAAACAUCUCAGUUCCGUUCUGGGAUCUUGUGACUUCUUUAUACCUUUAGACCUUUGAAAAUAAACAGAGUUUCGUGUAUUAGGUCAAGAUUGUGGAAAUAAAUAUACCUCUCUAAUAAAAA